CACGCGCCUUGCAGCUCACCCGAAAGCCAGAAGUUUGAUGCCGUUAAAGUCGCAAUGCAUCGUAAUGUGUAAUUAAACAAAACCAAUAAAGUGACAGAAUCUCAGUGGAAAAAUAUAUACAGACAACAAAAAUCUCGUUUUCGGGUGAUUUGAAUAUCCGUUCUGUCGUUCUUCUUCCGUGUUGUGUUUUCUCGAAAGAAAAAGGUGUAUAAAAGGUAAUCCAGCCUCAAAAUGAUAUUCGGACGCUGGACGCGUAAGCAAAUACUCACGAUGUUUGGCCUGGGAGCUGCCCUUGUGGGUGUUGUGAUUGUGAUCGGUGUCCUUAACAGCAGUGCCUCCUCCAAGGAGCUGCCCUGGAACGAUGCGGCCAGAUCGAAGUGCUACAAGACCAGUCCCAAUACCACGCACUCCACCCUGGAGCUAGUGCACAUUGUGUUUAGGCAUGGCAUUCGUACCCCCGUCGACACAUAUCCCAAGGAUCCGUAUCUCAAGGAUGGCUUUAAGCCAACGGGCUGGGGACAUGUGACCAAUUCUGGAAAACGCGAACUCUUUGAAAUUGGUCGUUGGCUGCAUCGUCGCUAUGGUGGAUUUAUGGGACCUUACUACAAACCCGAUCGACUGCAUGCCCAGGCCACAGCCUCUCCUCGAGCUAUGAUGUCCUUGCAGACAACACUGGCCAGCAUGUUUGAGCCACGGGGAACCCCAAUGGAGUGGAACAAACACCUCAAUUGGCAACCAAUUCCCAUUGUAUCCGAACCCUUGGACGAGGAUUCGCUGCUGCUGGUUCGUACACCUUGCCCCCGGUACUUCGAGGCUCUGGAGGAGGUCUUUAAGAGACCAGAAGUGAUUGCAGAAACGGAACCCUAUGAACAAAUGUUCCGUGAGCUCACGAAUUUAACUGGAAAAUUGGUUCAGAGUGCCGAGGAUAUUAAUUCCCUCUAUAUAACCCUAUUGGCUGAACAAGAAUUUGGUUAUAAACUGCCAGAUUGGACCAAGGAUUACUUUCCAGAUCGUAUGCAAUUCCUGGCCGAGCAAAGUUACGUUUACAACGCUUACACGCCCGAGAUGCAGAAGAUCAAGGGAGGUCCUUUUCUCAAGAAAAUGUACAAGGAGAUGUUAGCCAAGAGAGCCGGCACCUUGAAGCCAAAGGAUAGAGGAAUGUAUAUCUACACAGGUCACGACUGGACUGUGGGCAACAUAUUGUCCGCUCUGGGGGUUUGGAAGCGUCAAAUGCCCAGAUUCGCUGUGAUGGCCAUCUUUGAGACUCACAGGGACAAGGAGACGGGGGAAUAUUAUGUGGAGAUCUUUCUCCGGAAUGACGAGCACGGAUGCGUGGAGCAGCUGCAACUGAAGGACUGCGAUCUGAGGUGUCCACUGAGUCGCCUGAUCGAACUGAGUGCAGAUGUUCUGCCCAACGAGUCGGUGGAGCAGAGGUGCCGACCCCAUGACCCUAACUUCGUGGAGCCGCCACCGCGUAUAAUCGAUCAGAUUGGCCGAUAGAGAGAAGCAUCUAGCCAAAAAGUGAAAUGUUUGCACUCAGUAUUACCAUUAUAUGCAUAUACUCCACAGAAUAAAAAUCCCCAAAAACAUA